AUGUCCGACGAAUACACCACACCCUCCCAGUUCCUCAUCCUCCUAGACUCCACUGCCUUUCCAUGCGCACGCAUAGAGCGGAUCGGAGAAGGCAACGCCAACUUCUCCUUCCGCGGCCACUUGAGCGAGCCCACCCCCAGCGGCCUCAAAACGGUGUUCAUCAAGCAUGCGGAGCCGUACGUCGCGAAAUUCCGGGCGUUCAAAUUUGGGCCGGAACGGAGUAACUUUGAAUACACCGUCCUUGAGCAUCUAACCACCCUCGACAUCUCAACCGAUCGCAACACGGUCUCCACGCCGAGACCGCUCCAGUUCCUCCCAGACUCGCAUACCGCCAUCUACGAAGACGUGCAACAGUCCGAAACGCUCAAAACGGCAUUAUUGGCGGACCGUCUUUCCCGAGAGACCGCUGUGCACGUCGGCGCGGCGUUGGGGGCCUACAUCGCGCGGCUGCACGUCUGGGGCCGGGAUGCAGAGCAGGAGGCGCUGAGGCGGCAUCUGGCGAGCUAUGAUGAGGCGACGAGGGUUAUAUUCAGCAUGACGUAUGGAUCUUUCCACGGGCUGAUCACGGCGUUUCCGGGUCUGCUGGCGGGGAAUGAGGAUCUUUUCGCUCGAGCGAAGCAGUGGGCUCAGGAUGUGUUUUUUGGCGAGGACGGUGGCCGGAGGACGGUCACACAUGGGGACUUUUGGACGGGGAAUAUCCUCGUUCCUAGCUCACUCUCGCAAACGGUGGCUGAGCCCCGUUCUCAGAACCUGCACGUGGUCGACUGGGAAGCCUGCCGCCUCAGCGCCCCAGGCCUCGACAUAGGCCAAAUGGUUGCGGAAAUGUAUCUCCCCUUCCAUUUCCAUGCCAACCCCGUCUCCCUAGCCCUCAUCGACGCCUUCCUGGACGCGUAUGCCCGAGCCGGAGAUGUCCCUGUCGAGGAGGUGUUGACAGCGGUGAAACAUUUUGGGAUGCACUUGCUGGUGUUCCCGGCCCGGACGGGCUGGCCGAAGGAGGGUGUGGAGGAGUGUGUGAGGCUUGGGUUGGAGUAUUUGGAACAUGGGGUUGGGGGGGAUGUGGAGUGGGUAAAGGGGAGUGUGUUUAAGAGGUUGGUGCGUAUGUAG